AUGUUUCUACAAGAGCUCAACCCACUAUACGAAACGAUCCACCCUCCUUCUUUCCAGCCUAGGUACACUGCUUGGUGGAUAACCCAAGAGAAUAACGAUCAAUCGGGUGAAGCUAUUCGGGACGAAGACAUCGACUUUGGGUUGCUGGUUCUUCGAGUCUGUCUUCUUAGUAUCCAGUCUCUCCCGCAUUCCAAGUUCCCAACCACAGGAGUGUUGAAAUCUCAUCCAGAGGCUAUGGAGCAGUGGUAUUCGUCGCUGGCGAACGAGCUCGACAAGUCUCAGCCGUCAACCAAAAAGCCUUCGAUAGAGACUGUGCAACAUAGGUUCUUACAAGCGGGCUAUCUUAAAAACUACGGAAAGAUCCGGGCAAGCUGGUCUAUUCUCAAUACGGCCGUGAAAAAUGCGCAUGAGAUGGGGCUGCAUCUAAAAGAACCAGGCAUUCCCACCAGUGAGUUGGAGAUGGAGUUAAGGAGACGGACCUUCUGGAAUUUAUACGUCUGGGAUCGGUCCAUGUGUACAUUCUUUGGUCACUGGCCAUUAAUUCCCGAGGGAUACUUUGACAUUGAGCCUCCAUACGACAACCUACAACCUCUUACAAUCAGUCCCUACGUUCUCACGCCCUUCACCGAUCGCGUUUUUCAUAUCAAGUUGGCCCGGUACCUGACAGCAUUCAUGAGCCCACCAUCAUGGAAGAGCGACCAACAGAAACCGGCAGUAGUAUCAGAAUUCGCACAGCGCUUCCAUCAAGUCAUCGUUGACCAAUUACCUCCUCCUUUCUCACUCGAAAAUCCAGAUAUUUCCUGGGAUGCUGCCCACCCUGCACUCCCUCUCAAGAGGGAGAUGCUCGGUCUAUUCAUCUAUACCACCGAGGCGUCGCUCUAUAGAUGGUUCAUGGACCCUUGCGAAAGUCUCCACCGCGGCCACAAUGUACGAGCCAAAAACGGACCAGAUCUGCUCGCACUGUCCCAUCGCCGGUCCCUGAUGGAUACGACAUGCAAGAUCAUUUCGUGCAUCGCCAAGUUGUACGCGCUGACUGCGAACGAAGAAGGAGGUUCGGUUGACAGGUUGUUUACGCUACCAAUUUCUCUCGUUGAUUCUUUGGCCACUCUCGGGGUGUGUCUACUGUCCAUCCAGGCAGAUGAGAGAAGACUGUCGAAGAAAGGAAUACACACUGUUGCCGACUCGGUCCUGCAGCGCAGCUAUAAUACUUUCUUUGAUGCGUUCGGUCUCCUCUAUCGACAAGCUCCGCAUUACAUCUUUGCGAAAAGAGGUGUGAAGGCGUUAGAGGGGCUACACGGUACCCUAUGCGCUGGCUUAGGUGGCCCUGAUCUCUUCGAGGCGAGCCCCACUGGCGCAACUAUGAUGGGAUCAUUCCCGGGACAAGCACAACGGACUGGGUAUUUCCCACUCGAACAAGCUCUUGUUUCUUUACAUGCCAGUGGUGGUGGUGGUGAGUUUCAGGGUCGCACACUCAUCGCACUUCCUGAAUGGUUGCCCUCAUUUUUGGAGUCUCCAGCUCGAACCUCGUUAUUCCAUAGCCAGGCCUUUUUCGGGGACAUAUUGACUUAG